UUACCUAGCAACUAUAGCGUGAUAACAAGACAAACCAUAGAGUUUGAACUACAGACGUACGCUUCACAGCCGAGUCCAGAUCUGUCCGUUUCCUUCAGUGUUUGUGGUCAAACAGAGGAAACCCAAUGGAGAAAGACACUACAGAGAAUAAUUCAAGUCAUACUGAAUCUAGCACGACUCUAACACAGCAGUCCCCCAAAAACACCAACUCACAGGUGACGGCUGACAUGAAGAGUGCUGAGAGGCGGCAAGAAGAGACGGACGGAGCAUCGGAGAACCCUAAGGUUAAGAAGAUCAGGGUUUGUUCUGAUGUUGGCGAGGACCCAGAGGUCUCCUCCGUAAACACAGCAGUAGAGACCCCUUCCCAGAAAGGAGAAACCCAAGACCGAGCCAAGAGUAGAGCAGACUUUUUUAAAACACAACAUGAUGAGUUUAAUGCCAAAUAUGCAGAGUUCUAUCAGUACCGUCAUGAAGGCUAUGGGUCCAUGUUUGCUCCCCGUUGCCAUGGUGACUUUCCUAAACUACCAGACGUCAAACAUUUCCCCAAGACUUUUGUCCUGCAUCUUCCGAAGGAGAAUGAGAAACCGUCCCCCUCUAAAGUGGACAAUCUAAUAGGAGCAGUGAUCACACGUGAGAAAGAAGCACAACCUGUCGUGGGUUUGGAGGUGCAAAGCAAAGAUGACACAGAUCAUGAAGAAGCCGCCAAGCUCACAAUUAAAGAUCUGAUUAAGGCAGUGAUCAACUAUGAGGAAAGAAACGUCUCCCUUCGAGACAUUCAUGUAAAAAAGAUCAACGUGUGGACCGACUUUUCUGGUGCUUAUCAUUGUGAAACUGACCUCCAAUGCACCAUUGAGGAGCCCCACCCUAACAGAGUGUUUACAGGUAGCAGAUCUGCAUCUACCAACAAAAACAUGAAAAGCAAUCCGGAAAAGGCCCCUCCAGAGACUUUCCUUGACUGCUACGACGCUAGAGCCACCACAGUGUGGCAGUUAGGGGUGGUUCUCUUUGAAAUCCUAAGCAACAGACAGACUUUCAACACAAUAGAUUUCAUAGACGGACAUCUGACAAUUAACCGUGUCUUAUCAAAAGAGUGCAAAGACUUUUACCAAUCUUGUUUGGACUUUUUCCCUAUGGAGCGCCCCCGGCUGCAGGACCUGCUCCAACAUCCGUGGUUCCAGCCAAGCAGCCACUCCGGUUUGCCCCUAUCCACCUCCACUUUAGCUUUUUCUUUCUACUCCUCUCACUGACACCAACGUCCCCACAUUGGCCCUUCAGUGUGUGAGUAGGCUCCAGGUUCUUCUGCUUCACAGUGGUUUAUUGAUUCAUUGAAUUGGAGGCAAAAUUGAAUUUUGAUGAGACAUACAACCAUAACAGUCUAUUUUAUUACGCAAUAAAUUUUGAAAACAGAAAGA